AUGCCUACAGCUUGCAUACUUGCGGAAGCAAAAUUGGGCCCCAAGAUUUUGUGUACAGAUCCUGUAAAACAUUAUAAAAACCCACACUUUGAUCAAGAACUUGCAUGGGCCCUUGAUAGAAGGAGCCUCCGACUCUUUCGCUUGUAUCGUCGUUCCAUAAGGCUUAAGUUUUACACUCUUCAUGGAAAUAAAUGUUCCCGUAAAAAGGACCCACUUGGUUACAUCGUUUUGGAUCCGAGAGAAGCCACUCAACGAAAAAUGUAUAGAUGGCGCCAACUUUUGGACAACAAAGAGCGGCUUCAUCCAAUGGUAUGCUGCGGCCUUUAUAUCGAAUCCUACUUAAAUUGA